AAAAAUAUUAUUUAAAAAAGUUAAUAAACCGUAUCGUAAGUAUAUUUAAAUAAAUUGAAGGCUUCUUGAGUGAGCGUUCUGUUCUCACGGGAACGCGCUUUCUUUCCAUUCACGGGCUUCAAUAUGAUUCCAGUGAGGCGCUCCCACUCUCCUACUGCGCAUUACAUUCACUCUAUUUUUCACUGUCAUCUUAUGCUUUGAUAUGUACGUUUACUCUUUCUGUAACUAGAAUGCGUUUUACUGUCAUUUACUUUGGGAAUUCAUACAAAUAUGGAAAACAUAGCGUCGAUAAAUGGCGCGCGCUCGGAAUACAUGGUAAGAUUAAUCCAGAGAUUCUACCAUGAACCAACUGCACAAUGAAAAAAUUACCUCAAUCUUGGGUCACCUAAAGGCAUGAUGGGAAAAGCUCUGAGGCUGUGAUCCCUUUACAUCCCCAUGUGUACCAUGAACAGUACUGCGUGGCCUUUGGACCUGGCUGAGUUCGCGAAACCUCGGGGCUUCAACAGCUCCCAAAGCCAGUCUGCCUCCACGAGCGGCUGGGCCUUGAUUCACACAGCCACCCUUGCCUCCUGCUCCCUCCUGUUGGUCCUCAUCUUCUGCCUCGGUUCUUACGGCAACCUGGUGGUUUUCUUGUCCUUCUUCGACCCGGCGUUCCGUAAGUUCCGCACCAACUUUGACUUCAUGAUCCUCAACCUGUCCUUCUGUGACCUUUUUAUUUGCUGUGUCACUGCGCCAAUGUUCGCGCUGGUGCUGUUUCUGGACGCUGGAGAUGCUGGAGGUGGAGUGUCAAAGGGCUUCUGCUUCGCCUUCCACCUCACAAGCUCGGGCUUCAUUAUUAUGUCCCUCGAAACCGUGGCGGUGAUCGCUCUGCAUAGACUCCGCAUGGUUCUGGGUCAGCAGCCCAACCGUACGGCCUCUUUCCCUUGUACCCUGGCCCUCACUGCACUGUUAUGGACCACCAGCUUCACGCUGGCAGCUUUGGUUACUUUGCGAGCAUAUCCAAGGAGUUCCGGGCCUUGCCUGCCCCAUUUUGGUCUGACAGGCAACAAGGCCAAGGUGGUGUUAUAUGUGUACAUUGCAGAUUUUGCUUUCUGUGUAGGUGUGGUGUCCAUCUCGUACCUUAUGAUCGCUCAGGCACUGAGGAAGAACGCACAGGUUCGGAAGUGUCCCAUUAUCACGGUGGAUGCGACGCGUCCACCUGUCUCUCAUCCGCCACUCAUUGCCGCUGGUUUCGAAGGCAUGCAGUGUACAGUGCAAGUACCCUCGUUUUACCGCAACCAAACGUACAACAAACUUCAGCACGUCCAGACACACUCUUUCACCAGGAGAACCAACCACCCCCUAGUGCCCGGGGCUGCAGCCGGAGCGACCUGCUGCCAGCUGGUCUCCACCGUAAACCUAGCCACGGCCAAGGACUCUAAAGCGGUAGUGACGUGCGUGGUGAUCGUGAUCUCCGUCCUGCUCUGCUGUCUCCCGCUGGGCAUUUCAUUGGCACAGGAUAUGGUGUCACCGGAGAGCAGCUUUGUUCACUACCAGUUUGAGCUGUGCGGAUUCGCCCUCAUAUUUCUCAAGUCCGGCAUCAACCCGUUUGUAUACUCGCGCAAUAGCGCCGGCCUGCGACGCCGCGUUCUCUGCUGCCUCCAGUGGCUGACGUUGGGCUUCCUGUGCUGCAAGCACAAGACACGUUUGCAUGCCAUGGGAAAGGGAAGCCUGGAGGUCAAUCGGAACAAGUCCUCGCACCACGAGACUAACUCGGCUUACAUGCUCUCGCCGAAGCCCCAGAGAAGGUUGGUAGACCAGGCUUGUGGACCCAGUCACUCCCGGGACAGCAUGCCUACCCCCUGUAUCACUGCCGGACGCAAACCCCGUCCCCCUAGCACAUCCACGCCCAUCAACACACGCAUAGAACCCUACUACAGUAUCUACAAUAGCAGUCCGUCGGCAGGACCAAGUUCCCCCAACACCCUACAGCCAGUCAACUCUCAAACCACCGCUUUCGCAAAGAGCUACGUGGCUAUGCACUACCACACCCAUCAGGAAGUGCUGCAGGACUUUGAUAGCACUUCAGCUCAUCAGAUUCCCAUCCCAUCAGUCUGAACUUACCGCCGCCAUUGGGAAACAUCAUACUACUCGCUCAGUAUCCCAAACGGAGACCUUUAAAGUUUUCGCUUGUGGUGUUUUGCUCAAGGGACAAUGUGCAUCACUGAAUAUCAAAUAAAAGAUCAGAAUCAGAAUCAGAAGAGCUUUAUUGCCAAGUGUGCUUGCACACACAAGGAAUUUUCUUUGGAUGAACAACAAGGGACAUCCGAUUCAGACUGUUGAAAGUAGUCGCUGUUGCUUUCCUUCAAGUGAUAUCGCUGGCAUUUGCUGGACUGAAGGAUGUUCUAUUUUUACAUUGACAUGACAUUUUCAUGUAAUAGUCUUCAUUCAGAUAAUGUAUUUGUGGAAACAUCCUGCAUUUUAUAUAUCAACUUAUUAAAUGUUUUGCAAGUGCAUCUUGCCAUGUUCCAUGUCUUUGUUUUAAAACCAGUUAUUUAAUACCAGUGUUUUUGCUUUGUCAACCACUUAAGUGUACUUGUACCGUUGUUUGAGAACCUUACCGAUCUUUCAAGCUGGUCUAUACAGUCUCUGUGAGCACAACUUAUCCAUCUAAAGGAAUGCUAGCACCAUCUAGUGUGGGUAAGUGUGACCCAGUCGGUGAAAACCAAGCAAAAAUCAUUUUUUGUGAUUUAAUGGUUUCUACAUAAAAUGUAAAGAACAUUCCUUGUAACAAUAAGACUCAUAUCUUUAAGAUUGGCCGAGUAAUGCUGUGUCAAAGGUUGAAAUUAAAGAGAAAUUAAAGGAGUUCACCCAAAAAUGAAAAUUCUGUUUUCAUUUACUCACUCUCGAGUUAUUACAAAUCUGUAUAGUUUUUUGUUCUGAUGAACACAGAGAAAGAUAUUUGGAGGAAUGUAACCAAACAGUUCUUGGCCACCAUUGACUACCAUAGUAGGAAAAAAUGUCUUUGUUCUGUUGAACACCAAAGAAAGAGGUCAAAGAAGAAUGUAGAAAAACAAACAGUUCAGGGACACUUUUGACUACCAUUGUAAUUUUUCGUACUAUGGAAGGCAACGGAGGCCAAGAACUGUUUGGUUACAAGCAUUCUUUCAAAUAUCUUUCUGUGGUCAUCAGAACAGAAAUGUAUACAGAUUUGGAACAACUCGAGGGCGAGUACAUUAUGACCAUUUUUAUUUUUGGGUGAACUCUCCCCACUUUAAAGCUCAUAAAUCUCUCAAUUAGAUUUUGAGACUUUAGCCUGGUUUUCACA